GUGACCCAAUGCCAUUCUGCAACUAAAGUGUAAUUUCGAUUUGAAUUUAAAAACAAAACAAAACAAACCAGAUUAUAUUAAAACCAUGAAAAUAGCGGUUGAAGGCUGUGCUCAUGGCGAACUGGAGCGCAUCUACGACACUAUCGCAGGCAUCGAGAAGGAGAGCGGCACCAAGAUAGACCUGCUGCUAUGCUGCGGCGAUUUCCAGUCCACCCGGAAUCUGGAGGAUCUGCAGACCAUGGCGGUGCCAAAGAAGUACCUGGAUAUUUGCACCUUCUACAAGUACUACAGCGGGGAGAGAGUGGCGCCGGUGCUGACAAUUUUCAUUGGCGGCAACCACGAAGCCUCCAACUACCUUCAAGAGCUGCCCUACGGCGGCUGGGUAGCACCCAACAUCUAUUACCUGGGUUACGCCGGUGUGGUUAACGUGAACGGUGUGCGCAUUGCGGGCAUAAGUGGCAUUUUCAAAGGACAUGACUUUCUGCGUGGCCACCACGAAUUUCCGCCCUAUUCGGAGGCCACAUGCCGCAGUGUCUACCAUGUGCGACAGCUUGAGGUGUUCCGGCUGAAGCAGCUGUCCGGGCGAGUGGACGUCUUCCUCUCCCACGACUGGCCCGCCGGCAUCUAUGAGUAUGGCAACAAGGCGCAGCUCCUGCGGAGAAAACCCUUCUUUGCAGCGGACAUGGAAAGUGGUCAGCUUGGCAGCCGUCCGUUGGAGGAGCUGCUGAAGGCGAUACAGCCAGCCUACUGGUUCGCCGCUCAUCUGCACUGCAAGUUUGCUGCUCUAGUGCCGCACAAUCCCUGCCAGAAACGACAGGAUGACGGCGCCGCCUCCUCCUCCUCCUCCAGCAGCAGUGAGGACGAAGAUGAGGAGAAAGCUGCCCCCACUCCCCCACCGUCGAAACCUGUUCCUGUCACAAAAUUCCUGGCUUUGGACAAGUGCCUACCGCGUCGUGGCUUCCUGCAGGUGGUAGAAAUACCCAGUGACCCAAUUGAGGGUAAUCCCCGCCUGCAAUAUGACCCCGAAUGGCUGGCCAUUUUGCACAGCACCAACCAUUUGAUUUCUGUGAAGGAGAACUACUACUAUUUGCCGGGAAAGAAGGCUGGAGCGAUCACGGAGCGCUUUAACUUUACACCCACCGAAGAGGAGCUGGAAGCUGUGACGACGAAAUUCCAGAAUCUCCAGGUGCCGGAGAACUUUGAGCGAACUGUUCCAGCCUACGAUCCCGAGGAGCAAUCCAACUACAAAAACAUGGCGGUGGGUCAACCAAAAGCCCAACUGAAUCCACAGAGCAACACGUUUUGCGCAGCCCUCGGCAUUGAUGAUCCCCUCUGCUUGGCUAUGCUAGCCAAUGGCAAGGAUCUGCCAGUAGCUGAAGCUACGGUUCAGCAGCUUUCGAAGAGUUAUGAGGAAAAGAUGCCACAGGAGGAGGAGGAUCUUGGCGAGCCCUUGAUCACACCAACGAAAAGAAAAUUGAACCUUUCCCUGCCGGCGCCGACGUCUAGAGAAGCAAUUGAUCUGCCGGAUGAGACGGCGGCUGAGGAUGAGGGGGAGGAGGAGGAGGCUGAAGUAGAAACAGAAGCUCCAAAAGAAGAGGAACCAGCUGCGGUGACGGCGUCCACUCCAUCUCUCAAGAAGCUGAAGCGACGCAACCAGAACAUCUACCAAGCCGAUGAAGAAGAAUAAAACCCAACGAAUUCCGUAGUAAAAGCGGAGCGAACUUAAAAAAAA